AUGGACUUUCAAACCACUUUAGAUCGUCUCUGCACCCGCCUCACAACCCACUCCCAAAAACGCCGCGACGACGCCUCCACCCAUCCCGGACACACCGCCUCCUGGAGCUGGGCAGCCCACCGUCUCCUCUCCCUGCUCGCCGAAUACCCCUCAGGAGUGACCCCCGCCAUCAUCAAUUCCGAGCUCGAAGUCGCGUGGGACGACAUCCGCGGCGACGCUCAGCGCGGCGGCCUAUCCAAGAAAUUCAAAGGCGUGGAAGCACUCAGGGAUGGGCAGGCGGUGUCGACGGAAGCGCUGUUUGAGUUGGUUGUAGGUGGGGUGAAGGUGUUGCCGGGCACGAGAACGUUUGUGCUUUCGUUCGUAGGCGCGGAGGCGGGAGGGGGGCACGGCAGGUUCUCGGAGGUGAAUAUGUACUUGCAUCAAAAGUACUGUUUUUUGGAGGAUGCUGAUGGGGAGAGCUUUUUCACAAAGAGAACAGUCCGGUUAACCGGCACCCGAUCCGUCACGGCUCCUAAUGGUGCGACGCAGAUGUUGCCGACGGAGUACAUGCUGUUCAUCCUAGAUGGAGACGCAGACCGCACCUUUGUGAGCAAGACAUUCGGCGCCGCGUUGAACCAGGCGACUGCGUCCCAGAUCGAAGAUGCGAAUGAACCGGCGGCGUUCUUGGUGAAGGUGACAAAGAUCGAGCCCGUCCGAGCUGCGAACAGUAACGGACGGCUGAAGCGAAUGGAGGUACUCGUCACCGAUACUACGACCGAGGACGUUCCGUUGGUUCUGUGGGACCAGCAGAUCGGCUUGGCGUCUUUGUUCAGGAAGGGCGACUGGCUGGGGAUAUGGCGCCCAUAUGUGACGUACGGAGGGAGCACGCAGGAUGGAGAGCGUCCGACUCUUGAGUACGGAUCCCAGACGGUAAUCUUUCGUAUUGCUGGGUCUCACACGAAGGAAUCCGAUUUUGGCGCCAGCAUGGCGACACAGGCAGAACCAGGGCGGGAUGAGAAGGGAAUAUUGGAUCAAUCACAGUUGCCAAGCCUGCUUCGGAUAAGGGAUCUCAAACCGAAAUGCGUAAAUGCAACUAUCAUGGGACGCGUGGCCGAGUUGUUCGGAAACAAUCCAGUCCGCCGCGGCCCAGGUCAGCAGGAUAGGUACGGAGUUCGUCUGGAAGAUUCGACCGACUACUGCGACAUAACUCUCUGGGGCGACAUCGCCCGCAAACACAUAGGCAGUCUGCACACAGGCGACUAUGUGCUGUUUUUAAAUCUGGCCACCACCGCCCGGGUCUUGAAACCGCGCGACGGCGGCGGGAUGGAGAAGACUUUUGAUGUAAUUGGCAGCUCCGAUCUGGGGACGGUAGUGUGGAAUGUAAGCACGCUGGUCGGCAUGAUCUCGUCCCCGAGCAUGAGACGGAUCGUCCCGAUCGUGGAUGCGUUGAAUAAGGACCUGCAGAUGUUCUACGUCCGCGCUUUCUUGGUCGAAUGUAGAGCCAGUGAAGGAGGGCCGACAAUAUCUACGCAUCAAACGUGCGGCCGGGUCAUUGAACAACCGCGGACAAGCGACGAACAGUUCUACUGUGCGUUCUGCCAAGCACGGUUUGAAGCGAAGCACGCGGCGUAUACUUUGAAGUUUGUACUAGACGACGGGACGGCGCGGUGCGCUGUGAGUGUCACGGAUCUGAUUGCUGCGGAUAUUGUGGGUGUCUCCAGCGCCGAGUUCUUGAGAUUACCUGAGAACGAGCGGAAGGAGGUGCUUGAAUCCGUUCCUGGGCAGCAUGUCGAGGGAUGCGUUGUCAAAGUUCCGGGGAAGACAUACCGCCAUCGGUUGGCAGCGGUAGUGCGGGUCCUGCCCAGCAUCGCCAAAAGCUUGUUGGCCGAGUAUCAACUCGAACAACGCAAGGAACGGCCGUGA